AAAAAAAAAAAAAAAGGCAGAGCUUAAUUGACUAAUGGGAACGGCGCCUAAUAAUAGCGCGUGUGCAUAAGAGUCACAGAGCAAAGCAUCACGUCGAUUAUUGCUGAGGCUGAAGUUUCCGUGUCAGCUCCCAACCCAACUUACCCCGGAUUUGCAUCCCCCUAUAUAUAUAUAUCCAUCACAUUUAUCAUUCCUCUCUCUGCUUCUUUCCCCAAGUUCCCUGUUAAACCUUCCUUUCAUUUUAUUCAUUUCCUUCCUCCCAAAACAAUCUCUAUCAUUCAAAUGGGUCCCCGAACCAUAUCCAUCGACUACCAAACCACCCGGGCCUUACCCGAACCCGAUGUCUUCAUUCACACUUCCAACGGAACACGAAUUCCGGCCCACGCUGGCAUUCUGGCUUCGGUGUCGCCGGUAUUGGAGAACUUCAUAGAUCGGCCACGUAAGCAUCGGAGCUCCGAAAGAAUAAUCCAAAUCCACGGCGUUCCCUGCGACGCCGUCACCGCCUUCGUCGGUUUCCUUUACUCCUCCAGGUGCACGGAGGACGAGAUGGACAAGUACGGGAUGCACCUGCUGGCAUUGUCGCACGUUUACAUGGUGCCGCAGCUGAAGCAGAGGUGCAUCAAGGGUUUGACUCAGCGGUUGACCACGGACAACGUGGUGGACGUGCUGCAACUGGCCAGGCUCUGCGACGCACCGGAUCUUUACCUCCGCUGCAUGAAGCUGCUCACCAAUCAUUUUAAGGCGGUGGAGAAAACCGAAGGGUGGAAGUUUCUCGUCAAGCACGAUCCCUGGCUCGAACUCGACAUUCUUCGUUUCAUGGACGAACACGAAACGAGGAAAAGGCGAUCGAGGAGGCACAGGGAGGAGCAGGGUUUGUAUGCGCAACUAAGCGAGGCGAUGGAGUGCUUGGAACACAUAUGCACGGAGGGGUGCACUGAUGUUGGACCCUACGAUGUGGAGGUGAAGGGAGAGAGGAGGCCGUGCGGCAAAUUCGCCACGUGUCAAGGUCUUCAGGUUCUGAUACGCCACUUUGCCACGUGCGAGAGGAGGAUGAGCGGUGGCUGCUUGCGGUGCAAGCGAAUGUGGCAGCUCUUUAGACUUCAUUCCUAUAUUUGUCAGCAGCCUGAUUCCUGCAAGGUUCCUCUUUGCAGGCAAUUUCAAUUGAGAAUGCAGCAAGAGAAAAGGAGAGAUGAUACAAGGUGGAUGCUACUAGCUAGGAAGGUGGCUUCAGCAAAAGUCAUGUCUUCUUUGUCUCUGCCAAAGAGGAAGCGAGAUGAGGAAACAAGAGUGACAAUAAACAAUUCUGGGAUUAGAAGUUUCAAAUUACUAUGAAUAUUUUAAUAAUGUACACGAUGGUGUGUUACGUGUUGAUAUGGCUGUAUCUUUGGAGAGAAUAUUCUGCUAGCUGUUGUGUGUAGAAGCAGGAGGUUUUUUUUUGGUAACGUGAACUUCUUGUACCUGGUUUACUAGCUAGAGGAAAUCGCAAAUUGAGUAUUAGCUUGCAACUGUAAAUUUUGUUUGCUGUAGAUACAAGCAAAUUGAACCUCUUUUUGCGUUGUUGAGAGAUUUUGAGAGCAUUGUAAGCUAGUGAAAAAUCUGUGUAGAAUAUAAUCAAUAUUCAUUUUAAAUAGUCGUUUAGUUAGUUUAUAUUCUGAAUUGGUCAAUAACUAAGUGAUUAUUUAGUUUUAUUAUGUCAUCUCAUUUCUUCCUGGACUGAUUUAUGUUAGAACAACAAACUAGAGACACUAAAGAUUUUGACAUGAUUAUGGCAAGUGUUGGGGAACAUAUAUUUUGGGACAUUAUCAUUACUGUGAGUCUGUGAGAGUAGGAUAUUGUAAACGAUGAUUACACUUCUCAAUUUUGAAGUCAAAACAAUAGGUAAGGGCCGGCACUAUAGUCUCACAGGCACACUGGCGCAGACGACACUUGGUCUUAUGAAAGAACCAAAGAGGGGCUCAUUUGUUAAGAAAGGCAUUGAGGUGUUAGUGAUGCCCUUCAGGAACCCACUAACUCUUAAUACUAGAUAUCUAGUAUCGCUAUCAUUUGCUUUAACGUGUGCCAUUUCCAGAGGCUGUUGUCCUAGACAAAGUUAAGUGCAUUAAUUCGAGAGACACCGCCGAAAGAGCAUUGUAACACUAUUGAGUACUCUCUUUUUUUUUAAUAACACAGUUGAGUACAUGGAAGUCCAUCGUUGUGGUCAAUACGAAGAAAUAUGAAGCAAAGCAUUAUUAGCUUAGGGUUCCACUAACUUGGACAGUGGGGAAAUAUUGUUGUGUCACAAUCGGAUUGUAAUGUUUCCAUAUUAAAAACUUCAUAUCACUUUUAAAG